AUGUCAGUACUUCGAAAAAAAUUCUGCAUUUAACACGAGAGAGGAAUAUAUUUUUUUAUUUAAUUUUUUUUACACCUUUUUGUAUAAAAUAAGAUUUACACAUAAAAAUUACUAAAAAGAAAUUUCAGCAGUAAUUCUCCUCGAAGAUAGCAAAAUGCUCCCCACAAAGUUUGAGGGCCAACAAAUAAAUUUCCUCUCCGAGCGUCUCAAUAUACCGUUACUGCUUGCCACGCGAAAUCGCUUCAAGGAUGAAAGGAUAAUUUCAAAUUAUGUACGUAGUAAACGCAAAUUUUAUAAAAUGAAUUGUGCUUUGGAGAAGAGCAAACAGACGCGCACGAAAAAUCAAGCUAGAAAGCUUUUGGGUGAUUAUCCCAGGGGUAUUGGCGCUUGCCCCAGCAGAAGAAUGGCCGAAGCGGCGCGUUAUGGGCACGCAUCGAGCGCUAACCAACUGCCGCCGAAUAUCUAUGACACGCGUUACACACCCUAUGAGAGUCGACGCGGCAUGCGCGGCGCGUAUUGGAAGAAGCUGCCGAAGGAGUUUGAAGUGAAUUUCUUGGAAUAUAUAAAAUUUACGCCUAAACCGAAAGAACGCGGCAAAUGGCGUUUGUAUAAUGUUGUGGUAUCGAAAUGGACGGAACGCUUCAAUAAGCCGUGCAACAGGCACAAGGGUGUGUUUUUAAGCAAUGCACGCCUGCGACGGCCCACCACCCGCUGCAUGUUAACCGAUCCAACAUUGGUUUAUCGUCCAUCCACAGAGCCAUCACCGGCGCACUAUAACGUUGCCUCGCAUACGAUCUCGCAUAGACUGCCGCGAGCUAAAUAUACACCAAAACCGAACCCACACUUAUUUCUGCCCAAAUCUUGCGUACCAGAGAAGCUCACUAGCAUCAUACCGCGUCACUUGAGCUUUCAACCUGCUGUUGGUCGCUACGAAGUACGCUUUCCGAAACAUUGUGCUUGUGGCAAGAAAAUAUUUACACCGGGUCUACCGCUGUUGAUCGACCGUGAGAAGCGUAAAAGGUUUCGUCUUAAACCAUAUAAGAAGAUAAAAGCGCAUUUAUACUGUGCACCCGAUUUCACGCACGUCCCCGGUCAUGGGCAUACGUACGUCUUUCGUUUGCCCGGCGCAAAGAAGCAUCAGCCAAAACCACUGGAGCCUUCUAAUAAAAGAAAACCCAUGGAAAAAUCGAUACAACAAUUUCAUGACUACAGAUACAUAAAGAUGAUAAUUGAGCCGCGUAGGAGGCGGCUUUCAGAUCUACCGCGUUAUUUUCAAAAUUUACCGAAACCCAAAGUACGCUUUAAUUGUAUCAUCAAAGUGGCGAUGCGUCGACAAUUGACUCAGGGCAGCAGAAAACUUGGCUUCGGCGGUAAUGCGCGACGUUUCUCUAAUUUGGAUUAUCGCGCGGCAGUACUCAGUGUACAACAAAUGCAGCAAAUAAAGAGUACUCUACCACCUGAACGCCGACUUCGCGAUCAACCCGUCACACGUCGUCCUUUGACGGAUAUAAAGUCAGAAGUUUACGCUCAGCCCGUGCCUAAGCAUUCUACCUUUGAACCGAUGCAUCGUAGAGCCAUGAAAUUCCCUCCACUACCUGGUCCGAAGUUAUUGGUAACACGUAAGGACUUACUGCCGGAAAUGAAACCGGGUAUAGCCUACAAGCCACCGGUUUACUAUAACAAAUCAAUUGAUAUACGAGACUUCUUAAGCCCACAAUCGAACCUAGCGCAUUCCACUGAUGAUGAGGAAGACGAUUAGUAAGAAUUUUAUCAAGAAAUAUAACAAAUAAUGAACAGUAUUUCAAUACUUUAAAA